GGAGACGAUGCAGAACCUCAACGACCGCCUGGCCGCCUACCUGGACAAGGUGCGCGCCCUGGAGGAUGCCAACACCGACCUGGAGGUGAAGAUCAGGGAGUGGUACAAGAAGCAGGGGCCCGGCCCCGAGCGCGACUACAGCCCCUACUACCGGACCAUCGAGGAGCUGCGCAGCAAGGUCCUGGGGGCCACCGUUGACAAUGCCAAUCUCCUGCUGCAGAUCGACAACGCCAGGCUGACAGCUGAUGACUUCAGGACCAAGUUUGAGACGGAGCAGGCCCUGCGCCUGAGCGUGGAGUCCGACAUCAACGGGCUGCGCAGGGUGCUGGACGAGCUGACCCUGUCCAGGGCCGACCUGGAGAUGCAGAUCGAGAACCUGAAGGAGGAGCUGGCCUACCUGAAGAAGAACCACGAGGAGGAAAUGAACGCGCUGCGCGGACAGGUGGGAGGAGAGAUCAGCGUGGAGAUGGACGCGGCUCCCGGCAUUGACCUCACCAAGAUCCUGGCCGAGAUGCGGGAGCAGUACGAGAGCCUGGCAGAGAAGAACCGCAGGGACGCCGAGCAGUGGUUCUUCAGCAAGACGGAGGAGCUGAACCGCGAGGUGGCCAUCAACACGGAGCAGCUGCAGAGCGGCAAGACGGAGAUCACGGAGCUGCGCCGCACCAUCCAGAGCCUGGAGAUCGACCUGCAGUCCCAGCUCAGCACGAAAGCGGCACUGGAGGGCACCCUGGCCGACACCGAGGCGCGCUACGGCACCCAGCUCGCCCAGCUGCAGGCGCUGAUCACCAGCGUGGAGGAGCAGCUGGCCGAGCUGCGCUGCGACAUGGAGCGCCAGAACCACGAGUACCGGGUGCUGCUGGACGUCAAGUGCCGCCUGGAGCAGGAGAUCGCCACGUACCGCCGGCUGCUGGAGGGCGAGGACGCACACAUGACCUCCCACUACGCCUCACAGACUGUGAAAGAAGGGCCCGUGACCACACGCCAGAUCCGCACCAUCUUCGAGGAGGUGCAGGACGGGAAGGUGAUCUCCUCCCGUGAGCAGAUCACACAGGCUGCACUCUGAGUGCUCCACUCUGGUCCCUCAGCUUCGCUUCAUGCCGCACCGCUGCAGCCCACUCCCGUCCUCUAAGCAUCGUGCUGAGUGUGGGCAUCAAAUAAAGCUUUUGGCAUUUGUGCACACCCGUG